GAGGAAACGAGUGCGAUUCAGAAGCGAGCGAUAGGUAGCGCUACGUAUUCCCUUACGUGGCUCUUAGACCGAACGUAACAUAAGAGCCUAAUAUAAUUAUGGCAACAUAUCAAGAUUAUAUUCAGCAAAAUGAAGAUCAAAAUGGAAUCCGGUUUAGUUGGAAUGCUUGGCCUUCUAGUAGAUUAGAAACUACGCGCCUUGUUGUUCCAUUGGGUUGUUUGUUUACACCUCUGAAAGAACGAUUGGAUUUUCCACCGAUCCACUACGAUCCGGUUCUUUGUACACGUCCGACAUGCAAAGCCAUUUUGAAUCCAUUAUGCCAAGUGGACUACAGAGCAAAAUUGUGGGUUUGCAACUUCUGCUUUCAGCGCAAUCCUUUUCCACCUCAAUAUGCAGCAAUAUCUGAACAUCAUCAGCCUGCAGAAUUAAUACCACAAUUUGCAACAAUAGAAUAUACAAUAACUAGAGCAACAUGUCUUCCUCCAAUAUUCCUGUUUGUAAUUGACACAUGUACUGAUGAUGAUGAGUUAAACGCAUUAAAGGAAUCUCUCCAAAUGUCUCUCUCAUUAUUGCCACCAAAUGCAUUAAUUGGAUUAAUUACAUUUGGAAGGAUGGUUCAAGUUCAUGAACUAGGAUGCGAAGGUUGUUCAAAAAGUUAUGUUUUUAGAGGCACUAAAGAUCUAACAGCUAAACAGAUUCAGGAAAUGUUGGGAAUUGGAAAAUAUCACCAUCAGCAACCAGUUCAGCAACAGCCACGUGGACCUGGAGGACAACCUGUGCCACCUGCUAAUAGGUUUUUGCAACCUGUUCAUAAAUGUGAUAUGAGUUUGACAGAUUUGCUGGGAGAAUUACAGAGAGAUCCUUGGCCUGUAGCAUCUGGUAAACGUCCACUAAGAUCAACUGGUGUAGCUCUAUCAAUUGCUGUUGGAUUGCUAGAGACAUCUCGUGAACUAAAAGUUUCUGGUGCAAUUGGUUCUUGUAUAUCAAUGAAUGUGAAGAGCAACAGUGUAUCUGAUACAGAACUGGGUGUAGGUGGAACAUGUCAAUGGAAAUUCUGUGCGUGUACUCAAGGACCAGGAAUGGUUGUUGGAGAUGAGCUAAAACAAACAAUUCGUUCUCAUCAUGAUAUUGAAAAGGAUAAUUGUAAAUUUAUGAAAAAAGCCAUUAAACAUUUUGAAAGUCUUGCUAGCAGAGCUUCUUCUUCAGGACAUAUUAUUGAUAUCUAUUCUUGUGCUCUUGAUCAAACUGGUUUGCAUGAAAUGAAGUUUUGUCCAAACUUUACUGGUGGUCAUAUUGUGAUGGGUGAUUCAUUUAAUUCAACGUUAUUUAAACAAACGUUUCAACGUGUUUUUGCAACAGAUUUGAAAGGAGAAUUUAAAAUGGCUUUUAAUGCAAUUUUGGAAGUAAAGACAUCUCGUGAACUAAAAGUUUCUGGUGCAAUUGGUUCUUGUAUAUCAAUGAAUGUGAAGAGCAACAGUGUAUCUGAUACAGAACUGGGUGUAGGUGGAACAUGUCAAUGGAAAUUCUGUGGUAUUAAUCCCAGCACAACAUUAGCUCUUUUCUUUGAAGUUGUUAAUCAGCAUAAUGCACCAAUUCCUCAAGGAGGCAGAGGAUGUAUUCAAUUCAUAACACAGUAUCAACAUCCAAGUGGACAAAAAAGAGUAAGAGUUACAACAUUAUCUAGAAACUGGGCAGAUGCUACUGCUAAUUUGCACCAAAUAGCUGCUAGUUUUGAUCAAGAAGCUGCUGCUGUUUUAAUGGCGCGUUUAGCAUGCUUUCGUGCCGAAUCUGAAGAUGGAGUAGAUAUAUUACGUUGGCUUGAUCGUAUGCUCAUUAGAUUGUGUCAGAGAUUUGGUGAUUAUAAUAAAGAUGAUCCGAACUCGUUCCGAUUUUCUGAGAACUUUUCACUCUAUCCACAGUUUAUGUUUCAUCUCAGACGAUCACAGUUUUUACAGGUCUUUAAUAAUAGUCCUGAUGAAACAUCUUAUUACAGACAUCUUUUAAUGAGGGAAGAUUUAACACAAUCUCUGAUUAUGAUUCAACCAAUUUUGUAUGCAUAUUCUUUUAAUGGACCUCCAGAACCUGUUUUGCUAGACACUAGUAGCAUACAACCUGAUCGUAUUUUAUUGAUGGAUACAUUCUUUCAUAUUGUUAUUUUUCAUGGUGAAAAUAUAGCUCAGUGGAGAAAAAUGGGAUAUCACAAUUCUCCUGAACAUGAAAAUUUCCGCCAACUUCUUCAAGCACCAGUAAGCGACGCACAAGAAAUCUUACAAAGCCGUUUUCCAAUGCCAAGAUAUAUUGAUUGUGAUCAGGGAGGUUCGCAGGCUCGUUUUCUGUUAUCAAAAGUAAAUCCAUCUAUUACUCAUAAUAAUAUGUAUAAUUGGGCUCAGCAAGUACAGCCUAAUCCAACGGAGGGUGCUUGCGCUCCAGUUUUAACCGACGACGUAAGUCUUCAAGUAUUUAUGGAUCAUCUGAAAAAGUUAGCAGUUUCGAGUUCUGCUUAGAAAAUAAUUUGUGACCAAACGAUUACCGCAUUUCAUAUUUCCGCCACCGUCAUCGUGGGAGGAAUCUUUUAUUCCCGCACGAACUCCCAAGUAUAUAUAAUACUAAAUAAUUACUCCAAGUAAUUAUUUCGAUUGGUCCUAGAUUUAAGAAAAAAGAAAAUGCAUUUGACCUCAUUGCAUUCAUUUUAAUUAUCGAGAAAUAUAUUUUCAUUUGUAUAAUCUUUAUAAAUAUUGUGAAGUACCGUUAAAGCAGAGGGUAUAGCUAAUUAUAAUAAUAAAGUUUGUUUUAAAUAAA